AUGGAGGCACCGUUAAAAAAAACUCCAGCAACAACCACAGAUCGAGACCAACUUGAAAAAUUAAUCAAGGAAACAAAGCAACUAAAACAGAAAGUAGACGCGCUCGAAAAAGAAAAUAUGUUGUUGAAGAAAUCUAUAUAUGACUUAUCGGUUACUUAUAGCGUGGCCGCUACUGCUCAUUCAAAAGCGAGCCCUUUUGUUUUUGAUUUUGAGCCACCCAUUAAAGAUAAUAGUGGUGUUGGAGGCUUGGGCACUGUGGGUAUUAUUGCGCCGAAUAAUAAUGGGGGUUCUGGGACUGUCACGAAGGAAAUUAGUAUGGAGAAUUCGACAGCAGGUAACAAUACACGUGAUAAACUUCGUGAAGGAAGGACUUUUCAUCCAAAAUCAGAGCUCAAGGGCCAUGGCGGGGCUGUAUAUACGGUUCGUUUUUCGCCGUGCGGUAAAAUGCUUGCAUCCGGAUCUUUUGAUAAAACUGUUCGAAUAUGGGAUACGAUAUCGUUUCAAAAAGAGACUAGUUGUCUAAAAGGCCAUACACUCAAUAUAUCAGACGUAUUCUGGUCAAAUGAUUCUACAACACUCUUAUCUGGUGCCUACGAUCAAACAUGUAAGGCCUGGGAUCUGGAGACCAACAAAUACACUUAUUCAUUCGAGACAGAAGGAUUUGUGCAGUGCGUGAUGUUCGAUCCGCAAGACAACAAUUUUUUCGCUUGUGGAACCACACGUAAAAUGCUAGCAGUUAUUGAUAGGCGAAGGCGCGACGGAGCUAUAAUAAUAAAAAACGAUGGAAUGAUAAAUUCACUUUAUAUUUGUAGCGACGGACAGAAUAUAAUCACUGGAGAUUCAAUGGGAUACAUCAAAACAUGGGAUAUAAGAACCGGCUCAUCCUUUCAAACAAUUCUUAAUGAACAGACCAAGAAACCUAUUUCGCAUAUCGCAGUCAAUCGCAAAAUGACUGAUGAUGAAGAGCCGCGACACAUGGCAGUCAAUAGCUACGAUAAUGUGAUAAGGGUGUACGAUCGUGGGUUCCAGCUGACAAAAUCACAACUGCGUUUGUUACAUGCUUUGAAAGGGUACAAGAAUAAAGGAUGGCCUAUCAAGAGCUCUUUCUUGCAAGGAAAAGAAUAUCAGAGCUCAAUGGAGGCGAGACGAUCGACACAUAAGGAUGUGUAUGGAAAUACAAAAUUACAGAUGGUUACUCAAGAUAAUACCGCAUACGUUAAAGAUAAGACACUUGAAGCAAGUUUGUUGCUAGCCACUGGCAGUGCAGAUCCAUAUGCGUACCUUUACGACGUAGGCGGACCAGAGGGUACCGGCGAAUUAAUUCAACGGCUCGAAGGUCACACAGACUUUGUAUACGCAGUUGAUUUCCAUCCGAUUGAUCCGAUAUUGGCGUCUUGUUCUGCUGACUGCACCAUUAAAAUUUGGACGCCUAUUGGGCGAGCGAAGAAAAAGAAUUCACAGUUGAUUAGUUAG